CCUUUGCCUUACAGUGUCAUCUGAUGCACGGCCUCAUAGUGUUGAUACUGGUCGAGUCCCAGUCAGCAGUGCUGUUUCCCAGGCCUGUCAGGCUCACUUGGCUCCUCCUGACCAUCACCUUCACCUGCACAGCCAUGGGCUGCAUCCAGAGCAUAGCCUGUAACAAGUCACGCAUCAAACGGGAGAACAUCGUUGUGUACGACCUGUCCGCCACCAUAGACCACUGCCCGACUGUCAUUGAGGAGAACUCGCCCAUAGUGCUUCGCUACAAGACUCCUUAUUUCAAAGCCUCGGCGCGGAUUGUGAUGCCCCCCAUUCCGCGCAAUGAGACAUGGGUGGUGGGCUGGAUCCAGGCGUGCACCCAGAUGGAAUUUUACAACACUUAUGGAGACGUCGGCAUGUCGAGCUGGGAGCUGCCUCAGCUGCGAGAAGGCCUGGUGAGGGCCAUCAGCGACUCGGACGGUGUGAGCUACCCCUGGUACGGAAACACAACAGAGACUGUCACCAUAGUAGGCCCCACCUCCAAGCCAUCCCGUUUCAUCGUUAGUAUGAAUGACAAUUUUUACCCAAGUGUCACCUGGGCUGUGCCGGUCAGUGAAUCCAACACGCCCUUACUGACUAACAUCAAAAGGGACCAGAGCUUCACCACCUGGCUGGUGGCGCUCAACACCACGUCCAGGGAAAAGAUCUUGCUCCACACCAUCAAGUGGAGGAUGAGGGUUGAUAUCGCGGUGGAUCCGUCCCUGCCUCUGGGCUCCAGGGCCAGGUUGGUGGGCCGGGUGCACCAGGACCAGCCGCGGGUGCUGACCCGCAUGGAGCCCAUCCCCACUAACGCCAUGGGGAGGCCCAAUGCCAACGACGCCCAGGUUCUGAUGUGGAGGCCGAGGAGAGGGCCUCCGCUUGUAGUCAUACCACCCAAGUAGAGCAUUCACACCAUCUGAUUGGCCGUUUGGAAUAUUACAUCAUAGUGAGCCACUUUCACGGGGAAACGGCGAACAGAAAAAUCAGAUGAAAAGACAAAAGCAGAUUUAUGAGCAGACUUGUACGAACUGUCGAUGGCACAAGAUCAGAGUUGCAGUCUUUUGCGCGUAAUAUCAUUGAGGGGACAAAUGCCUUAAUUCCCCACCGCUGCCUUUGAUGAUCCAGAAAGUAUGUUGGUCUCUACUUCUGGUGCUGUUGAGCUAUUGAGUGUUCAGGCCUUUACUCCAGCCCAGCACAACUGAGCAAAAUGUUGUUUAACUUUGAAAAAACGCCAUCAGUGCUGGGAUGUAACGCAAACCUGUGCUGUAGCUACUCAG